AUGUCCGACGACUCGGAGGGCUUUCCCAGUGAUUCAUACGACUCUGACGCCUCUGCUUUGGACGUUGAUGAGGACUAUGACUUCGAGGUGCCCGUGGCUAAGAAUAAGGGCAAGGGGAGGACACUCGGUAUCGUGUACGAAAGUCUUUCCCCUACCCGCCUCCAGAGCCUGGUGGGUGAAGAUAUCAGUAAUAUCGCCAGUGUCUUAGGUUUAGAGUCACCUAUUGCGUCGAUCCUCUUGCAGCAUUUUCGUUGGAACAGAGAUAAGCUUAUCGAGAAGUACAUGGAUUCUUCUGCGUGCGUCCUCAGAGACGCUGGUGAACCUCAGAGCGUCAUUGCGGUUCCCGACUCACCUACAUACCGCCCAAAUAAGCGCGCACGUAUCAACUCGCCGUCCGAUUCCUCAUUUAUCUACGCUACUUCCAAGGUCAAAGAGGAAGGCAUGUGUGCGUUCAAUUGCAUGCAGGAUGGUUGCGCAACAGUAGUAGACGAGUCGUCUAUACAAAAACUAGUUGAUAAACCCACGUUUGAUCGGCGGAACUGGGACGUACACGGUUACAACAAUGAUGUCUGUAAUACGUGGAAGGAACCCGAACCGGACGCAGCGAAUACAGAGGCGAAGCAGAACUUGGAGAAAUGGUUGUUUUACUUUGAUAGAUUCAACAAUCACGAGUUGUCUGUUCGACUCGAUGAGGAGCUUGUUGAGCAGACUGAGGAGAAGAUGCUCGAAGUUCAGGAGAGCAGUGAACUGUCAUGGAUUGAGGCAAGAUUCAUGAAUGAUGCAGUUGAAGAACUUACUCGCUGCCGUGUAACUUUAAAAUGGACGUAUGCCAUGGCCUACUUCCUUGCACCAGGAAACCAGAAGCAGAUUUUUGAAGACAUUCAGGCGGACUUGGAAAAAGCUGUAGAAAAUUUGUCGCAACUUCUUGAAGAGCCCAUCGAGAAAGAUACGGUGAAGAGCUUGCGGCAGCGCAUGGUAGACAAGACGGUUUAUGUGCGAGGCAGACAUGAAAUCGUCUCGCGGGAUACAGCGGAGGGCCUUGCUGAGGGCCGUUGGGAAUGGAAUUUACCACUGGAAUAG